AUGUUUGAUCCCGCCGCGCCGCCCGCAGGGAUGAGCGAUGGAGGGGCCGAGCCCGGCGGGAGCCCCGUGCUGCUGGCCGAGCCCGGCGACGCCGGGCGGGCCCGGGAGAAGCUGCCAAGCCGGGCGGAGCUGGAGAACGCCCUGCGUGCCGGAGGAGGCAGCGGAGGAACCGGCGGAGGCUUCAAGGACAUCCCGGGAACGUCCGCCGUCAGCCCCGGCUCCUCCAAGCAGCGCGCCCCGGACACCGAGAGCCCGUCGGGGACCGGCGAGGCGGAUUAUUGCCGCCGCAUCCUGGUGCGAGAUGCCAAAGGGACGAUCCGGGAGAUCGUGCUGCCCAAAGGGCUGGACCUGGACCGGCCCAAGCGGACGCGGACGUCCUUCACGGCGGAGCAGCUCUACCGCCUGGAGCUGGAAUUCCAGCGCUGCCAGUACGUGGUGGGCCGGGAAAGGACGGAGCUAGCGCGGCAGCUCAACCUCUCCGAGACCCAGGUCAAGGUCUGGUUCCAGAACCGCCGCACGAAGCAGAAGAAAGACCAGAGCCGGGACUCUGACAAACGCUCCUCCGGCGCCGCCUCCGAGUCCUUGGCCACCUGCAACAUCCUGCGGCUGCUGGAGCAAGGCCGCCUGCUGUCCCCUCCGAGCCUCCUGCCCCCUCCCGUCACCUCCAACCCCAUCUCCAGCCCUUCGGGGAGCGGCGGAGCUUUGGCCGGGCCGGGCCCCGCGUCCCCGGCUUCCGGCGGCUCCUCGGCCCCGGCGCUUUUCGGCUUGCACGUCCCGGCCGUGCCGGCCGCUUCCUCCUCGCCCUGCUCGCCCUCGCCGCGGCUGCCGGGGAGGCCGCUGCGUUUCGGGGCGCCGCUGCUGGGCUGCCCGCACGACGUGCCCGGCGUUUCCGCCUUCGAGCCUUACACGCGGCUGGAGAGGAAGGACGGUUCUAUACCCGGCGAGGAGCCCAGCCCUUAA